ACUUCGUUAUACGACAGCUUAAAUUGGAAACAACAUAUUUAAUAAAAUAUGUCUGGAAUGGAUUUUUCCCCAUUCUUUAGCAAAGUUGCUGCUAGAGUUGUACCAAGUCCACUUCGGGAAUUCUUCGACGCCCUGCAGACGGACGAGACCUACAUCAAACUGGCGGGCGGGCUGCCGGAACCGGAACUCUUCCCACUGAAGAGCGUGGCCCUCACUCUGCCCGACGGCACCAAUCUCGAAAUCUCAUCUAAAGAUCUGGUUGCUGGCUUGCAAUAUGACGCCACUGCAGGCCGGAAGGAGCUAAUAGUUUUUCUAACCGACCUUACCAAGCGUCUUCAUGAUCCACCCACGUGGCGAACUCCAGGUAGCCCGGACGCUCAUUGUAUUAUGACUUCAUGUGGUGCCCAGGAUGGACAAUAUAAGGUGUUGGAUCUCCUGCUUAACGAAGGCGACAUCAUCCUUGCCGGGGACUAUGUGUACCCAAACGUCCUCGCCGUGAUAAUACCGCGCGGCUGUUCCGUUCAGCACAUCCAUUCGGACGAACAGGGAAUCAUGCCUGAUCACUUAGAGGCGUAUCUUCGGCAGUGGCCCAAACCCGGCCCAGGACAGGUGACGGGCGGUAAAAUCAAGGCGUUUUACUGCGUUCCCAAUGGCGACAACCCUACAGGUAUUCGGUACACGGAGGCACGCAAGAAGGCGCUGUACAAGUUAGCGUCCGAGUACAACUUCCUGAUCAUCGAGGACGACGCCUACUACUUCUUGGAACAACGGCCGCUCUACAAAAGCUUCCUCUCCCUCGACGUGGAAGGCCGUGUGGUGCGUCUCGAUACGUUCUCCAAGACGCUGGCACCUGGCUUUCGAGUAGGCUACGUGACGGCGCCUCAUGGUCUCUACCGGAAGUUGGUUGCUGUGAGUCAGACGUCCACACAGGGAACAAGCAACCUUUGUCAGACAAUUAUUCUGACGUUGCUUCGGAAGUGGGGAAUAGAAGGUUUCCUUGCGCACUGUGAGAACAUUGGGGCGUAUUAUCGCCGACGACGGGAGGCAUGCGAACGCAUCGCCAAAAAGCAUCUGACAGGUCUGGCGGAUUGGCGUUCGCCUUCUGGCGGAAUGUUCCUCUGGGUCAGGUUCUUAGGCGUGCAAGACUCGAUGCCUCUCGUCAUGGGCCAAUUGCUUGAGCGAAAGUGUCUCAUGGUCACCGGAAGCGCCUUUGUUGCCGGUACAGAUGCCAGAUCGCCAUACGUUAGGAUUUCAUUUUCUCUCGCCACAGAUCGUAAGAUGGAAGAGGGUUUUGCAAUAAUUGCAGAAGAACUGAAGAAAAUCCGCGAAGACCUAGAAAACAAAGAGCAGUAGAAGAAACGUUGUGUGCCAUGAUUAUGUCUCACCAUAAGCAUGUGUGGAAAGAUCAACUUUCACAUAGCAGUAUCACAAUACGUUUCAAGAGCGGGGGCGCUGCAGUCGCAAUAACCCAUGUUAUGCAUGUUAAUCAAUAUACCCAGAUAUUAUAAAUGGCGUGUUGAAUUGCGGAUUUAGGGGCGUAUCGGGGCGGAAACGGACUCCGCUUCAUUCAAACGUUUGCAAAGGUUCGAUUUGUUUCAUCACGUUUUUACUUAUUUCAAUUAAAACUCUGUGAUGUGAUGGGUGCGUAAAACAAAUUCACGUUUACAAUAAGAAUGCUUUUUUCUCUAAAUGUAAUAUUUUCGUUAAUUAUACAUUUCAAUAUAAUUUUAAUAACAAGAAAUAUCUUUAAAAAAGA